AGAGACCACUUACAAUUGCUCAAGCUCAAGCUAUUUAGCUGUACUUUCCUAGAUAGCUAGCAUGGCGGGUCAUAUACUAUGCAGUCCAGGCUCGUCAGGUCUAUCCUUCGCCCUAGCGCGGCAGCUGCUGCAACAUACAAAACAGCCACUCUUUGCAACGGCGCGUAAAGACCUAGGUGCUACUAAGCAAAGACUCCUGGAAGGCCUCGAUGUUGAUGCAUCGCGCAUCACAAUGCUGCAAGUGGAUUACAAGGACGAAGCCACAGUGUCUGAAGCCGCUUCGCAGAUGAAGCAACAGCUCGGUAAAGAGGGAUACCUGCGGUUGGCGCUCUUCACGCCUGGCGUUCUCAUCAAUCCAGAAAAGACUCCAAAGCAAAUCAAUUACGACGACUCGCUCGAGACGUUCAAGGUCAAUACGCUGGGUCCCAUGUUGGCCAUCAAGCACUUUAGCGAUUUGUUGCCCAAACGUGGUGCGAAGCUGACGCAGGAGGACGGUCUGCCGAGUGAUUUAGCAGUUUUUGCAAUCAUGACCGCCCGCGUAGGCUCUAUUGCUGACAAUAAGCUUGGUGGGUGGUUUGCCUAUCGCGCGAGUAAAGCAGCGUCAAACCAGUUGUCGAAGACCUUGCAAAACAACCUUCAGAUGACCAAGAGGCCGGCUAUCUCCGUGACAUUGCAUCCAGGCACUGUCAAGACGCAUCUCUCGCGCGAGUUUUGGGCAAGCACAAAGGAGGAAAAACUUUUUUCACCAGAGUUCAGUGCUUGCAAGCUUCAUGAGGUGAUUCAAACUCUGACGACAGAGUCUGGUGGUCGGCAAUUUGACUGGAAGGGCGAACAAAUUCCAUACUAAGCA